CCGUUAAAAACUAUUCGUUGUUCCGCGAUCAUUUCUUUUAAAGAAUCAUCUCUUCUCAGUUAUAAGUAAAUAUCUUCGAACUGACAUCGCCGUGUUGUUCUCUGAAUAAUUACAUAUCGUUGAAUAAACACCAACUCUGAUCUCAAUAAUAUAAGUAAUCGCGGAACCCCGCCGUUGUUCUGAAUAUAACAAUUAAUCAUCGCCAAUUAAUGACUUGACUGAUAACGUCACCCCGCGAUAUAAAGGGCAUUCACACUCCUCUUAGCAUUUACUCUGUCCUGUCAGGACUUUAGACCGAGGCGACCUAAAUAUUUUCUAUGUCAUUUAACACGUGUUGUUUGGUGACAGAUACCCUUCGUGUCGUCGGUCUAGAAUUCGACCUCGCAUUCUAUAGAGGCUCUUGAAGUCGAUUCAGUUGCAGCAGUUUAUAGGAUAGGUUCUUGGUUUUAUAAUUAAUCGACGACGAUUUUCAGUUCCCAAAUAGGAAACAGAAAUGGCAAAGAAAGUAAGUCCUGCGAAAGAUUUCAUUGCUGGAGGUUUUGGUGGAAUGUGUAUCGUUCUUACUGGUCAUCCGUUAGAUACCAUCAAGGUUCGGCUCCAGACAAUGCCCAAACCUCUUCCAGGGGAAACUCCAGUCUAUAAAGGAACAUGGGAUUGUGCCACGAAGAUAGUAACAAAAGAGGGAUUCUUUGGCUUAUAUAAAGGAAUGGCAGCGCCUCUUACUGGAAUUGCCCCUAUAUUUGCCAUUUGUUUCUUUGGUUUUAGUGUUGGGAAGAAAUUGCAACAAAAGUCUCCAACAGAUACAUUAAGCUAUUUUCAAAUAUUCAAUGCUGGUUUGCUUUCUGGUGUGAUGACAACUGUGAUAAUGACGCCAGGUGAAAGAAUAAAGUGCCUUCUGCAGAUUCAAGCCGAUUCCAAAGGUCCUCGGAAAUAUAAGGGUCCCAUUGACUGUGCCCAAAAACUUUACAAAGAAGGUGGCAUACGCAGUUUGUACAGAGGCACUGGUGCCACUCUUCUACGAGAUAUGCCAGCUUCUGGAACUUACUUUAUGACUUAUGAAUGGAUGCAACAUAUGUUGACACCAACAGGAGGAGACCGCAGGGAACUAAGUCCCCUUAGGACCUUAUUUGCUGGUGGCAUGGCUGGCGUUUUCAACUGGAUGGUUGCCAUUCCUCCUGAUGUUUUGAAAUCAAGAUAUCAAACAGCCCCGCAAGGUACAUAUCCAAACGGUAUCAGAGAUGUUUUCCGUCAACUGAUGAAAGAAGAAGGAAUCUUUGCCAUGUAUCGAGGUGUAACACCUGUUAUGAUAAGAGCCUUCCCUGCUAACGGUGCUUGCUUCUUGGGAUAUGAAGUUGCAAUGAAAUUUCUUAACUGGUUGGCACCAAAUCUCUAAAUAGUGAUCGACGACAGUUUAUUGGUGACAGUCCCAAUUAACAGCAAUAACAAUUCAAUAAAGAAAGCCAAAAGUUAAUUCAAGUCUGCAACCUUUGCCAGAAAAUGGAGACAAUCCUGCCAUCAAUGUUUAUCCAGCUCCAUUGAUUUUUUUUAUUUUUUUUUAUCUCAAAGUUAUUACAUUAAUAACCGAUGUUGGCAUCAUUUAUUUUUUCUUUUUUACAACUCCAACAUAUUUUGGAAUUUUAAACAAUUUUCCCUUUAUUUUCCUUCCGAUUUUUUGCAGUUCUGAAGAUUUAUUUUUGACAUUUUACACUCGAUGAAAAAUAAAAAAA